AUGCCUAUCGCUGCACAACACAACCCGAACCACUCUUGGGCCUCCUCUUCCCGGAGCCAGCAACACAUCCCCCGGAGCACCUCUGUUGAAUAUGAGGAACAGGCCCGAACCGCCGCUGCUCGACGGUUACCUGGUCCCAACAGCCGCAUCGCUGGUCGCGCGAGCUCUUCCAACACUUUGAAACCACCCUCGCGAAACCGUUCUCUACAACACGUGCCGGAUUCCGAAGGCGAAGAUUCCAUUGGUCCCAAUGGCCGCGCAACCAGCCCUUACCAGGCUGUCAUCGCUGCCGCCAAGCGAGCGCUGGCGCCCGCACUCGACCCGGCAACCUACUAUGUACGAGAACGGACUCCCGAGGGAGAGGGGAACUCUGUCGAGCACCCGAGUGGAAGCGCUCCGGGCAACGAUACUACUUACAGCUACGAGGAGGAGGAACGGUUUGUCCAAGACCUCCAGGCUGCAAAGUCUGAACAGCGAAUUAGUGGAAGGCGAGGCCGGAUAUCUAAAGAUAACCAAGCCUACAAACCCACGUCGGACGACGAGUACUCUUCGGAAGAUGACGACGACGAUCGCAAACGGAGAAGAAGAGCAAAACCAGCAAUCCGUUUAAACAACCUACCCACUGUCGCCGGUGGCAAGACGACGAGAAAACGACGGACGAAGAGCAAGAGCAACAUCCUAGCAGCCGACGAGGAUGUCAGUGAAGACAUCUCGCAGUCAGACAUACGAUCUCAGUCAGCCGCCGCCUCUCAGCGAGCAUCCGUCCCUCGGAUAUCUGUGGAACCUGUGCCCCCUCCCGACGACCAAUCCCUUUCAAUGGCUGAAAGUGGACUGCAUUCAAUACCUGAAGUUCCCGAAGAUGACAUUCGUCCACAAUCCGAACCCCCUGAACCUGAAGCCACUGCGAAACAGUCGCGAGCGCAGAGCAAACCACCCUCCACAGGAAGGCCACGGAAGAACUCCCGGUCCUCCACUCCCGUCCGCUCCCAACAACGAUUCUCCAUCGGUGCCAUUCUCGGCAGGAUGUUCAACGUAUUCUUCGUCUUAUUAUCGUCCAUAACCCUGAUUAUUGGUCGUGGCUUUGGCACGGUGUUCCACACUGUCUUCAGCCGACCAUCGCAAUGGAUCUCGAGUGCACGACCUGGCUUUUUCCGGAUGGUGGGCAAGUACAUCUUCUUCGCGGCCACCAUCCUCUCGGCAUGGUACAUGCUCCAGCAUCCCGCCCUCCAUUCACUUAUCCCCAGCUUCGACCGGUCGACCUCGCCCAUCUACGUCCCACCUCCCGUCCCACCACAAGAUAUCUCCGAAGUCACGGCCCGUUUGGCACUGAUCGAGAAGGCUCUUUCCGGACUUACAGUCGAGAGCGAGAAGAACAAGGCCAAGGUUGAGGAAUCUGCCAAAGGUUUCACGGACAUCCACCACAAACUCGGAGAAAUCGAGGGCAAGUGGUCAGCAGAGACCAAGCGGAUCCUGGACACCGAAUCUCGCGCUCGUGGUGCCCUCGGCUCGACUGUCAGUAGCGUCAAAGAAGAGAUCGCAGCGCUUCAGGCUCAAAUCGAGGCUCAGAAAAAGGCGUACGAGAAGGAGAAGGCUCGGGUUCCUGCUGGCAGUGAUGAAGAGGCUCGGGCGAAGCUCAAGGCUUUGGAGGACAAGUUGCUUGGUUUCGAGGGUCCCUUGAAGGAGGCUUUGGAGCUUGGUAAGAAGCUAGCAUCGACACCCGCUGCGCCUGCCCCUCCCGCCGGUACAGCCUGGUGGAACAAGGUUAUCGCUGGUUCCAAGGGUCGCUUGCAGAUCACCACUCCAGAUGGCCAAGAUGUCACCGGUCUCAUCUCCCAACUCGUCGACCACUCUGUGGCCAACGCGAUGAACAACAAGGAGCUCAAGGUCGAUUUCGCGCUCCAUUCCGCUGGCGCACGCGUUAUUCCCUCUCUUACCUCUCCCACCUUUGAGAUCAAGCCCAACUCUAUCCGAGCGCAAGUCGCUGGUCUCAUCACGAACAACGGCAAAGCGAUUGGUCGACCACCUGUUACUGCUCUCCAUCCUGACACCUACAGUGGCGAUUGCUGGCCCAUGUUUGGCUCGAGUGGCCGAUUGGGCGUCGCACUCGCCGCACCUGUCUACAUCGACGAAAUCACGAUCGACCACGUCGCCAAGGAAGCCGCCUUCGACAUGCGCAGCGCACCUCGGCAGAUGGAAGUCUGGGGCCUCGUCGAAGGCGCCGACAACCUCGCCAAAGUCAAGGAAUGGCAGGACAGCGAGUUGCUUUCGAGGAAAGUGGCGGCUGAGGCUGCGGGUGAGGUCGUCGAUGAUGCAUGGGAGAAGAGGGAUCGGGAAGCGCAAGCUGCGCUCCUCCCACCCGGACUACCCAAAUCGGGCGGGACGUACAUCCGUCUGGCAAAUUUCACGUAUGACAUUCAUGCGCCGAGGAAUGUGCAGACGUUUGGUGUGGAUCCGAAGAUCAAGGAGCUUGGUGUUGACUUUGGGGUUGUGUCGUUGAGGAUUUUGAAUAAUUGGGGGAGGGAUGAAUAUACGUGUUUGUAUAGGUUUAGGGUGCAUGGGAGGAAGUUCGGGGAGGUCCCGCCAGUUUGGGCGCCGGAGAGUGAGGGGGAGGGACAGGUUGAGCAGGAGUCGUCGUGAUCGUGGUGAUCUUGAUGUGAAGUUGAACCUAUGUGGCUCUCUUUUUUCCUGCUUCUCUCGACGACGACAGCACGACGCGAUAUGAAAUUAUGAAGAUAUGAAUAUCCUGUUUUGGAUAAGCGAUGCCUCUUACAUGUCUCUUCCUCCUCUCCUCUUCCCUUCCCUUCUCUCCGACAACCCUCCCUCCACCCACCUCUCCCGUCCGCCUACCUCCUUUCUCUCCGUGAUUUAUUCCCCUUAUUUAGUUGCAUUCAUGGCCCUUUUUAGUGGUUCCCUUAUGUGUGUUAUUAGC